AUGGACGUUUUGCUUCAGUGCGUGCACCAGUCGCACGCGCACCGGCUGGUGAUGUUCCACCGGCAGCGCGCGAGGCACCUCUUCCCCGACGACUCCUUCGGGACCGCCGCCUCGGAGCCCGGCUAUUUCAGCAGCAGGACAGGCCCCCAGCUCUGCUUGCUCACCGGCGUCACGAGGACCCCCGCGGAGGUGCUUCGGUGGCUCCGCGACACGCACCUGGAGCGCUACGUCACGCGGCUGUACUUCUUUCCGCACGACGGCCCGCGCGCCGCGACCCGCGAGGACCUUCUGGAGCAGCUCAACGGGCUGGAGGCGCCGCUGGGGGCGGUGCGCGUGCUGGCCACGCCGGGCGGGCGGCUGCUGAACUACGUGGGCGAGCACCUCGCGAUGUCCUGGGAGCUCGACCCGAAGCAGUACGAGUGGGUGCUGCAAGUGGCGGAGAUCCCGGAAGAGGCCGGUGACGGCGCGGACGGCCCCGCCCGGCCGUUCCGCUGGCACCUGGCCCCAGCGGCGUGGGGCCACAUGAGCCCGAACGACCUGAGCGCCCGCCACGACGGCAGCGCGUGCAAGGCCGCGGCGAAGAUCGAGGAGGCGUUUGCGUUCGCGGGCGCCGCGGAGGACCUCGACGCGGCCAAUGCCAUCGACAUUGGGGCGGCGCCGGGCGCUUGGACGCAGUACCUGGCACGCACGUGCCGUCGCGUGGUUGCGAUCGACCCAGCGGAGCUCUCCCCGGAGGUCCUCGCGCUUCCGAACGUGGUGCACGCGAAGAAGCGCGUGGAGGCCGCGAGGGAGGACGUCCUCGCGGCGUUCGGCGGCCCCGCGGACGUCCUGGUGUGCGACGCGAACAUUCACCCGGCGGACCUGGGGGGGGUGUUGGCGGAGAGCAUGGGGCUCGUGCGGCCGGGCGGGCUGGUCGUGGUGACGCUCAAGUGGCGCGGCGUCUCGAGGGACAAGGCGUGCGCGGAGGGGGAGUUCUUGGCCAGGGUCGGGCGCGGCGUGUUGAGGGGGCGCGCAUGUGCUGGCUGA